UCCAUGGGUGUUAAAGAACAAAUUUGUACGUCCGAACGAUCGAUGAAUGAGGCCCACUGUGUUUUAACACUGGAUCUCUCUGCCCACCACCCUUCACUGGUGAGAUAAGUUAACUGUCAACGCCGUCCGCUAAGAACCGUCCGUCCCCGCGGUGAAUUGUAUAUUCUGUCCUGUAGGUGGCGGUGGUCUAAAGUCUUCAGCUCGGAUGAAUAGCGAAAGGAGGAAGUGAAGAAGUGAGCUGGUCGCAGUCGAAAUGCUGGUUAGAAAAUGACAGUCUUAUUUUUCAAGGUUGUCCGAUUGGUGGAGGACUGACCGCCGCUCUUACUGCGAUGUUUUGCUGCGGUGCGCUAGUUUUAUAUCUCAUCCUGUCCCAGGCAGGAGGAUUACUGCACCCCUCAGAAGACGACAGCGUUCCUGAAGAGUGGAUGUUACUGCAUGUAGUACAAGGCCACAUCGGUGCAGGAAACUACAGCUACCUUCGCCUCAGCCAUGAUGGGAGAAUUGUCUUGCACAUGCGCAGCCUCAAGGGAGACGCAGAUCUGUAUGUGUCUGACAAGACCCUGCAGCCCAGCUUUGACACAUACAAGCUCCAAUCCACUACCUGUGGCCAGGAUGUGGUGGUGGUCCCAGAGGACUUUUUGAGGCCGGUAGGGAUUGGAAUUUAUGGCCACCCAUCUCACAUGGAGAGUGAAUUUGAAAUUAGAGUGUUUUAUGAUCAGACUGCUCCCAAGGACCUGUUUGAUGAGAGCUCAUACCCUUCAGAUGACGGGCAAGAGGAGCAGAAAUUCCCUCAAGGGAUGGAAGAGGACUUUCAGGAGGAGGAGUCCAUUUUUUGGACUAUACUGAUUGGGCUUUUGAAGAUUAUAGUUGAAAUUUUGUUCUGAUAAUUAUGCAGGUUGUCAGUGCCAUGGUAGUAGAAGCAACCUGUGAUUUUUGGGCACAGGUUGCUCCUGUACAUGGAAUUCUGCUUUCAUUUGUCUGUUAGUAUGAGUGAGUGAGAGAAAGAUCAGACAUUCUGACGUUUAAGUGUCUUGUUUAUCUGCAAACAUAAAUUCCUUUAAGAAUAUGACUUCAAGACAUUUUUUACAUAUCAUUAGGGUCAAUUUAUGGCUUUGGUGGUAGAAGAUUAGGCAAACAUACAUACUGAUCAGAAGUAAUUCUGGAUAUAUAUAACUUUGUUAAAAAAACACUCAACGGUAGGGAAAGUGCUCAACAAAUAAGGAGCAAAAUAAUCCAUUGAGUCAAGUAAAUUCUUUAUGAGACAGUACAAGUCUGUUUCAUGCAAUAUGCAAUCAUCAGCUGUCAAACCCUUUGUGUGUUUUAUAUAUAAAUUGGUUCACUCAGUUGGUACUGCCACAAGAUAAAUGUUAAAUAUGACUUAUCCAAAAUAUCAAGAUUUAGAUGUUAAUCUUUUUUUCCGGAUGUCUGACAACAACGUCUUGAAAUGGCAAACAAAUCUAUUAUGUCACUAAUACAUUUUUUUUUAUCAUAUUCACAACCCUGAAGUUAACUACAGUUCAUUUAAUAUGUCAAACAAGGUUAAAACUCAAGACAUUUUGAUCUCAUUUUGUGCUAUGGCUCGUUUUGUCAAAGCAAAAGUCACUAUUUCUAAUGAUGGAUAUGACAAUCUUAAAUUUGAGGUAGGGGCAUAGCAUCAGAUGUAUCACACAUACAGAUUAAAAAUACUUUGUUUUUCAUUGAGGAAGUAAUAAUUGCCCCCCCCCCCCCCCACUAUUAUUUUUGAUUUAUAAAAUGAGGUUUAAAUUGGUCUUCAAAUUGGUUUUUCUCUUGACGCUCGAACUGACCACAGAAACGUUCGAUUCUAGGAGGAAAAAAACCAAAAACACUGAUGUGUGCCUUUUCCCGUUAACAGCAGUGUGGUCCCUUCUCGGCACCGGUGGGUUCUCUGUAGGCCCCGCCCCUCUCCACAGAUUGCUCCGCCCCUUUUAUAUAUAUAUAUAUAUCUCCCUACCGUUGAGUGUUUCUUUUAACAAAGUUAUAUAUAUAUAUAUCCUACGUUGAGUGUUUCUUUUAACAAAGUUAUAUAUAUGUUCUUUCCUGUGUAGCUUUAUUGACAGCUGAUGAUUGCUUAAGGCAUGAAACAGGCUUGUAUUGUCUCAAAAAGAAUUUACUUGUCUCA